AUGCCUUCCUACAAAACUGACCGCGAUGAUGCUAUCGAAGAUCUUGAGGAUGCAGGACCCGCGGAACUGAAGACCACCAAGAAGCGUGCGCGGAAAAGGACUCCAAUUGAAGAUACUGACCGUGAUGAUGCUAUCGAAGAUCUUGAGGAUAUGUCUGAUGCCGGACCUGCGGAACCGAAGGCCACUAGGAAGCGUGCGCGGAAAAGGACUCCAAUUGAAGAUACUGACCGUGAUGAUGCUAUCGAAGAUCUUGAGGAAACGUCUGAUGCCGAACAUGCGGAACCGAAGGCCACUAAGAAGCGUGCGCAGAAAAGGACCCCAAUUGAAGAUGUGGUAUUCAUCGCAGUGGUUGGUGUCCCGGUCGGCAGAGCCAGAACCCCACACAGUCUGAAGGACAAAGGAAAGGAUGUUUGGGCGACACUCGGCGAAGACAACAACGUCCUAUACAGAAUCAACGGUGGCAAGCGCAUCGCCACAGACGAGAUUGAGUGGUCCACGACAUUCGACCAAAGCGACAUGAUGGGGAGGCUGGAGGCCAAUAGGAAACUGGCCAAUUCUUUGAAGGAGGCCUGGUACCUCGACAUCCUGUCUGAAGAAGAAGUGAAGGAAGUCCAAAGGGACCCUCGCCUGACGAACGUCGCAUUCGCAAUUUGCGGAUUCCACAAACUCUUGACGGCCCUACCACCGAUGCCUGCAGUGCGAAACCUAGUCCCCAACAACUUUCUCGCCAAGCGCAGAGAUGCGCAAUCAUUGCUCGACAAACUCAAGGACCAGUACACGGAAUUUGCCCCGACCAUCAACGCUUACGCUGCAGCUCGAGCUGCCGGGUACAUGAAAGUGUUCGAGAAGGCUUUCCCGAACGGAUUCUUCGACAUCGGUGGCAACAAUAGUUUCCAUCUGGACAUCUAUGUCAUGCGAGCAUGCGCACGUUUUUGGGGCUCAAGUCGAGCUGGCAAGCCGCAUGGCUAUGCGAAGCGGAUGAUAUGGGAUGACGACGAUGGUUUCACAGGGUUUGCGAAAGAGCUGAGCAGACAAAUGGAAUCCACGACGACAAACGAGCUCGUAAAGCCUCGCUUCAUGACACAACAGUGGAUGAAAGAAAAGAAACCGGUCUUCGUCUCCAAAUACCAGGUGGAGAAACUGGAAGUGUUGUCCCUCAUCUUCUCGACGCUCUCUGAUGGCCCCCCCAAGACUCGGAGGAUUUUGGAAAAGGAGUACAACAAUCCUCUCAACGACAAAUUGAAGACGAAACAGAUACUAGAGAUAAAGGCUCGAAAGAACGCCGAGAGCGGAGUCUUUUGUGGACCAGUAGUACCGACCCCGGGUUGGAGAGAGAUACUGGAGCCUCAUCUGGCUCCUGGCGAGAUCAUCAACUUCCCGAGCACAAACGGAGUGCCAAGCUUCGGCGAAGCCACAAUGUUCCCACUUGGGUUCGAACGUCGAUUGAAAUACUACGAGUACAUCAAGAAGCUUAGUGGUCAUCAGUCAAUGGCCCUUGGCGUCGUCCUGGCUGCCCUGUUGAAGGAGUCGCUCGACGACGAGAGGGAGUUCGACAAGUGGGCCAAAGUCGUUGACGACUGCUUGGAACACAACAAGUUCCAGAUCCCGAAGAACAUAUGGAAGAAGGUCGAAACGCUACACAAGCAGGCUGAAGAACUAGCGGUCCUUGGACCCGAGGCCCCUGAUGCUGAGGAUUCUGAACUUGAGGAGUUCGGCUCUGAGGAUGAGUGA